AUGACCGACACAUCACCUAUACUCUCGGAAAAGGUGCCAGCCCACUUUCUCCACCCGGUCGAUCAGGAUGUCCGGUUACCCCAGAACAUCGCCCAUCGAGGGUUCAACGGUCAAUACCCCGAGAACACGAUACUGGCAAUCGAAAAGGGAAUCGAAGUAGGCGCCCACGCAAUCGAAAUUGACCUUCACAUCUCGCGCGAUGGAGUCGUGGUACUUUCACACGACCCAAGCCUCGAACGAUGCUACGGUGUCAAGAAGAAUGUCGGAGACUGUGACUGGGAGUAUCUGAAAACCCUGCGAACCGUGCAGGCCCCUCCACAGCCCAUGCCCCGGUUCAUCGAUGUAUUGGAAUACCUCAGACAACCGGGCCGAGAACAUUACUGGAUUCUGCUUGACAUCAAGCUCACUCAAGAUCCCGACGCCAUCAUGAAAGGAAUCGCGCAAGCCACCGCAUCCGUCCCCAUCGCUGCCAUCGGAUCCGACUGGCACCGUCGCAUUGUAGCGGGUACCUGGAACGGCCGCUUCAUUUCCGCCGCCUCAGAGCAUCUUCCCGGCUACGCACUGUCGCUCAUCUGCGCAGACCCGACGUACGCGCGCCAGUUCCUCGACGUACCCCGCGUCGGCUUCAACAUCAAUCAGAAGGUCCUGAUGGGCCCGCUAGGCAAGGGGUUCAUCGAGGAAGCCCGCGCCGCCAGACGACAGGUCUAUGUUUGGACGGUCGAUGAGCCGAAUCUGAUGCGGUGGUCGAUUGAGCACGAGGUCGACGGCGUGGUUUCCAAUGAGCCUGGUCGGUUCCAUGACGUCUGUGAGGAGUGGGAGAGCGAGCAUGAGGAUCUGAAAUUCGUUCCUCGGAAGACUCGGAUCUCAUUCAAGCAGCGCAUGCAGGUCCUCGCCAUUGCGAUUUACAUCAAGUGCUUUGGCUGGUACCACCGUCGCCGGUAUCUCAGUCCUAUUGAGCGGGUGGAUUUGGAAGCGCGCAAGCUGGGAUAG